AUGUAUUGGGAAUUGAUGAUGAAUGAAUUGGUUGAUCUGGAUGAAGAAAGAUUGCGAGCAUUGGAGAUGAUAAAGAGGCAAAAAGAAAGAGUAUCGAGAGCGUAUAACAAAAAGGUGAAAGGUAAAGUGUUUGUUAAUAAUGAUGUCGUUUGGAAAGUCAUUUUGCCUAUAGAUCGAAAGAAUCAGGCUUUAGGGAAAUGGUCUCCACAUUGGGAUGGCCCUUUUCGAAUUUUAAAAGUAUUUUCAAAUAAUGCUUACGAAAUAAAGGAACUGGCAGAGGAUCGUAGGAUUCUAAAAGUAAACGGAAAGUAUCUGAAAAGAUACAAGCCAGUUAUGCCUGAAGUUAAGAUCGCGAAAAUGUAG